AAUUUGCAAGAAUACAUUACCGGGACAGGUUUUGAUUUCGAUUUCACCAAGGAUGGCGAAAAAGCUAUAAGAAGUCGUCACCGCGAUCUCCCAGAAUAUUCCUCAUCCCUCGCAUGCUAUCCAUCUUCGCUAUACCUCUUGUUGCCUUGUCCGCAGUAGGCGCGAGCACACCCGCCGCCCGCUCCACUACACCUGUCGUAGCAACCUGGUAUGCCGGCUGGCACGCCACUGUGGGAUUUCCGCUCUCUUCAGUUAGUUGGGAGAAGUACAACACGCUGUACUACUCAUUUGCAGAGACCACCUCAGACGUCACCCGUCUUAGCCUCGACGGCUCUGAUGGCGAUCUGCUCCCUCAGUUUGUCUCUGAGGCCCAUGCACAUGGUGUUAAGGCCCACAUUGCUGUCGGAGGAUGGACUGGCAGUGUUUGGUUCUCUUCUGACCUUGCCACCGCAGAAAACCGGACGGCAUUUGUCAAAACCGUGGCAGAUUUUGCAUUACAGUACGACCUUGAUGGCAUCAAUUUCGACUGGGAGUCUCCAAACAAUCAGGGAAUUGGUUGCAACACCAUUAGCGUGAAGGACACGGCAAAUUUCCUCGUAUUCCUCGAAGAGCUUCGCAAAAACCCAGUGGGGGCAAAACUCACCCUCUCUGCCGCCGUAGGAUUGACACCCUUCUUUGACGCUACCGGGAAACCCUUGACUGACGUUACUGGGUUUGCGAAGGUCCUCGAUUACGUCGCAGUGAUGAAUUAUGACGUUUGGGGCUCUUGGUUUCCGACUGUGGGGCCAAACGCACCAUUGAACGACACCUGCGCCUCGUCCGCGAACCAACAGGGCUCUGCCGUUUCUUCAGUCAAGGCUUGGACGGACGCAGGGAUGCCUGCCAACCAGAUUGUGCUUGGUGUUGCUUCCUACGGUCACUCGUUCAACGUCUCUCCCUCUGACGCUUUCGCGUCCGGCACGAAGACACUGGCUGCAUACCCCGCUUUCAAUGCCUCGAAUCAACCUUUGGGUGAUUUAUGGGACAACGUUGGCGGUGUCGACGUCUGUGGGGUGUACGAGGGCUCCGGUGGCACUUUCAACUUCUGGGGUCUCAUUGACAACGGCUUCCUCACCAAACAAGGCAAGCCUGCUAAGGGCAUCUACUAUAGAUAUGACGAGUGCAGCCAGACGCCGUACGUAUACAAUGAGACCUCACAUGUUAUGAUUUCGUUCGACAACGUCCAGUCAUUUUCUGCCAAGGGCAAGUAUAUCAAAAAGACUGGGCUGCGCGGUUUCGCAAUGUGGGAGGCGGGUGGUGAUUACAAGGAUAUGCUCCUUGACUCUAUCAUCAAUGCUGUCGGGUAUUAGAUACGUCGCCGCUAAUACACUCUUCUGCUU